AUGAACUUCUGUCAUUUACGAACUUUAAGGAUCAAAAAGUUGCAGUGUCAAACCCUAGAUCGUUCGUUUUCCUAUUUUAAAACUUGUAAAGUGGUCCACAAAGAAAGGGGUAAAGCUCUUCUCUAUAUAAAUCAUGUGAUUUUGUAUAAGGAACCCCUCGAUGACAUAAUUAUAAACAUGAGUGGUUUUAAAUUAUUAAAAACCCGGCGCUAUCAAUUUCUGAAUGAGACCCUGGACUUCUGCGCUUUUAGUCGAAACCUUAUGUUGGCUACUGGAUUAAUUGGCUUUAUUAUAAAUCCUGUGUUAAACAUUUCCAAUAUAAAUCCCACAUGUCCCUUGCAGCAAAAAAACGUUGUAUUCAAUGGAUUCCAAGUUGAUGAGAAUACCCUCAAAGAAAUUCCUGUUCCAAAUGGUCUCUACAUGUUUCAAUUAAAAAUUUCAGUGAAGAGCAAGUGGAUAUCAGACGUGAAAACCUUUGUGAAUCGAGUUGAUUGA